AUGGCGGCCAUGGAGGAGCUGGAGAUUCACAGCAAGUCAUACUUUGUUCGUUGGAUCAAUGUCAACGCCAACCACACCAUCUCGUGGAGCAUCCAGCCGCACAAGAAGUCUGUCAACUUUGGCAUCUUCAAACACCCUGGACAGUCGCCUACUCUGAGUUCUCAGAUCCCUGCCUCCGAUUCCCAAAGCACCGAUUCCUCUGAAAACCUCCCCGCAACCGCAUUGACGGCCGGCGCGCGACAGCAACAAUCCGCCGUGAUCGAGAAGCUGACCGGUAUUGGCCUGAAAACCAUCAAAUGGACCGGGAAAUGCGAGGCGGAUAAGAUCACGCAAGGUACCUACGAUGUACCGCUCAACGAAGGGGGCAACUACGCGCUGGUGUUCGACAACACCUUCUCCAAACAAAUAUCCAAGACCCUGACGCUGGUCCUUCUGACAUAUCCGACCGGUCUACCGCCUCAUACAUCCGCCACGAAUGCUGCCGGACGCACUCAACCCGGGGCGUCGACUGAUUCAUUGCCCCAGCCCAAGACUCGGGGGAGGGGUAACAGUCGGGCAACCCUCAAUUCCCAGAUUGAUACGUCGAAUCAGAAUGUCCACACGGGGUUGCUGCAGAAGCGCCGCCGAAAACGCCACCAAGGCUGGGCGCGUCGAUACUUCUCACUGGAUUUCACCUCGUGCACACUGUCCUACUACCAUGACCGCAACUCUGCCGCAUUGCGGGGCGCGAUUCCCCUUUCCCUCGCAGCCGUCGCGACCAACGAGAAGUCUAAAGAGAUUUCUAUUGACUCUGGUACUGAGAUUUGGCACCUACGUGCCAGUAACGAACAUGACUUUGGCGCGUGGAAGCAAGCUUUGGAGCGCGCUUCUUCCAAAGAUGCUCCCAAGAACAGCACUUCUGGGCUAGGCGUUCCACCCGAGCUACGACUUUAUGCGCCCUCACAGCCUUCCCCGGCGGAGGAGCAUGAAUGGACGCGGGUGCAGAACCUUGUGAGCCAGAUUUCUGGGUCGCGAGAUGCGAUCCGUCGGCUGGCGAAGGAUACAGAUCCGAAAUACCUUGCUUCUCCCACCCCAAAUGUCAAUGUCGACCGGCCUCGCUCGCGAGGUAGGUCUCCUAGCCCUCAGCCUAGCCCUCAGCCCGGUGCCCAGGAGGUUGCCCCAAGUGAAGAGACCAAGCGACCCUUUUGGAAGCGCAAGACCAGUGGUCAGUCACAAACUAGCACCAAACGUCCAUCAGCCGUAACUGCGAAUUCGAACUCGUCGCAGCUUGUGGUGCCGUCUAAGGAGACCAAGGGAAAGCCUGCCAGUAUCAUAAGUCAGAAAGAUAACAUGGAUGAGAUUCAUGAUCAUCUGAUGGCGGUGCUGCGCGAUCUUGAUCAUGCCGUCUCCGAGUUCUCUACGCUGAUUGACGAGAGUAGGGAGCGACGAAACCCACCCAAGCCUUCUAUGGUUCCCAGGCGGAGCAUGGAAUCGGACAUGUCGCAAGAAUUCUUUGACGCAACGGAUGGUGCCGGGGACAGGUCUCCCCUGUUGACCAUUCAAGACAGCGAUGAUGAGGGCCCUGAGGAGGACCGACCUGACUCGGCCAACGCAGAAGUCGAAGACGAUGCUCCCUCGGAUAGUGACAGUGUCUCUGAUGCGACAGCAACCUGCCAGGAGAACGGCAGUGCCUCGGGGCUGUUCCCCGUUAAACCCAAGUCGCUGAUUCCGCUGCCUCUGGACACUGUCAAGCGGCGUGCAAACAUUCUUGCCCCGACUGUUCUGCCUCCAAGCUUGAUUGGUUUCCUGCGUAAGAACGUCGGCAAGGACUUGUCUACAAUCUCAAUGCCCGUUUCUGCCAACGAGCCAAUGUCCCUGCUGCAGCGUGCAGCAGAAAUCUUGGAAUACUCAGACCUUCUCGACCAGGCCAGCCAAUCCUCUGACCCCGUCGAGCGGCUGAUGCUCGUGACUGCAUUCGCAGUGUCCUCGCUCUCGGCCAAUCGUGUCCGCGAACGUUCAAUCCGCAAGCCAUUUAACCCCAUGCUCGGCGAAACGUACGAGCUUGUCCGCGAAGACCGCGGCUUCCGCUUCAUCGCCGAAAAGGUCUCCCACCGUCCCGUCCAGCUCGCCUACCAAGCCGAUAGCAAAGAGUGGUCUCUCUCGCAAUCCCCUCUCCCCAGCCAGAAGUUCUGGGGUAAAUCCGCCGAAAUCACCACCGAGGGCCGCGUCCGCGUCACCCUCCACUCAACGGGUGAUCGUUUCAGCUGGACCCCAGCAUCAUCCUUCCUGCGCAACAUCAUCGCAGGCGAGAAAUACGUUGAGCCCGUUGGCGAACUCUCCAUCACCAACGAAUCUAACGGCCACCGCUCAAUCUCAACCUUCAAAGCCGGCGGCAUGUUCUCCGGCCGCAGCGAAGAAGUGUCCACUCGCGCCAUGGACUCGAACAGCAAUCCCCUUCCCCUCGGGUUGACAGGAACUUGGCCUUCCUCACUGACACUCACUCGCGACGGCAACCCAACCGGCAAUACAGUCUGGACAGCAGGGUCGCUCGUUCCCUCCGCGCCCAAACACUACGGCCUGACAGCCUUCGCUGCAACACUGAAUGAGAUCACCUCGAUCGAGGAGAAGCAUCUACCAGCCACAGACUCGCGUCUCCGACCUGAUCAGCGGGCCCUGGAAGAGGGAGACCUCGACCGCGCGGAAGAAGUGAAGGUGCAGCUUGAAGAGGGACAGCGCUCGCGGAGACGUGCGAUGGAGGAGUCUGGCGAGACUUGGGCUCCGCGCUGGUUCACGCGGGCUGGAGACGAGGCGGAUGGAGAGAAUGCUUGGCGGUUGAAGGGUGGGAAGGAUGGAUAUUGGGAGGAGAGGGCUAGGGGCAGCUGGUCUAAUGUUGUCCCUGUUUUCGAGAACUAG